AAAGACCAUCAUAUCAUCGUUAGAAACAUCUGGCAAGAGCUCGGUUCAGCCUUUUCCUACAUCAGUGGCAUCUGCUUCCACUACACUAUCCCUCAUCAACACUGCUAGCACCCGAUUGCCACAGCCUAAUGCUGUAGCAACGGCUUCGACAAUGUCAGUCAACAAUGUCUUCGUGGCGUUCGCAAGCGGCCCACCUCCGUCGCAGGUAUCACAGAGAAGUGACCAUCCUGUCGCUCGAUCUGUGAUCGCACCGCAAACCAAGAAACUACAGACCAAUAAAUUCUACGCGAACUUCUUCUUGGGCUCACGGUCUUCCUCUACCUUUACUCAUCCCUACUCUGUCGCUUGGGCGAAAGGCUCUGGUAUACUGAAGAGUUACGGCCUGGCAAUCAGUCAUAUCGAGAGAUCGCAGCUAGCAUUCGGUCCCGGCAAUCCUGCACGAUAUUUUAUCAAUCCUAUCGGUAUUCAAUCGAUUACACUCUCGGCUUCGGAGCUGGGUUCGACAACGCAGCUUACAAUGGACUCCCUGGAUGCGUUCUCUGCAAACGUCAAUCUUCUGCCUCGAGCUGGUGCUGCUCCAGCCAUCACCUUCCCUCUAGUUCAGGGCAUGGGCUUCAUCACGGGUGUCUACAGUAAAAGUACGCCACGUGUCGAGAGCAGUAUCUCAUUUAUCACCAUCACCUACAUCGGUCGUGUCGCUUCCGGCUCUACUUACAAGUAUCGGGCCAAGCUUGCCGAUAGCACGACAUGGAACAUCUACGUCACCACAUCUCAAGUCGAAUACCCUGUCAACGCCUUCACUCUGAGCAAUGUACGUGUGCUUCAAGGAGCGGCUGGAUUCCAAGGCUUCAUCCAGGUUGCAAAAGUGCCAAACGCGGAUGCAGAGAAAGUCUACGACGAAGCAGCAGGCGCAUACCCGAUUGCUGCAAAGAUCAGUGGCGCUGUCUCAGGCACUGCUGGAACUUAUAAUCUGGCAUGGACUAAACAAGGUGUCGCCAAUCGAACUUUACUUAUGUUUGCACUCCCACAUCAUGUGCAAAGUCUUACCUAUGGAGCUGUGACCGGUGUCAAGCUUCAAACUACGACUAAGGGUAUGGCUACUGGCAUAAUUGGCAACUCCUGGACUUUGGUUGAACCCAAACUCCCUAAUGACAUGGGUUUUGCACCUUGGUCGCCAUCACGCGGAAGUGUCAACAAGGUCUCGGCCGCUGCAGCCCGUUUGAUCAACAAAGCUGGAGAAAGUGAGUUGAGUCAGGACAUGAAAAAGCAGUCGAAUCUCAACUCCAUGUAUUAUUCUGGUAAAGCACUCGCAAAAUUCGCUGCUAUCGCCUAUGCUGUGCAUGACAUCGGAAACAACGCAACUCUCGCGGUCAGUGGACUGCAGAAGUUGAAGCUUGCUUUUGACACAUUCGUCCGUAACAAGCAGGUCCUCCCUCUUGUAUACGAAUCUUCCUGGGGAGGUGCGGUGUCUUCCGGCACAUACCAGACAGGAGAUUCUGGUCUUGACUUUGGCAACACUUACUACAAUGAUCAUCACUUUCAUUAUGGAUAUUUCGUCUAUGCCGCAGCUGUAAUCGGUUAUCUGGACCCCAGCUGGCUGACUCAAGGUACGAACAAAGCAUGGGUCAAUAUGUUGGUCCGCGACUACUCAAACUCUGUCACCAAUGAUGCUUACUUCCCCUUCUCUCGUUCCUUCGAUUGGUACCAUGGUCACAGUUGGGCCAAAGGCUUAUUCGAAAGUGGUGAUGGUAAAGAUGAAGAGAGUUCUUCCGAGGACACUUUGUCGACCUAUGCAAUCAAGAUGUGGGGCCGCACGAUCGGUGACAAAGCAUUAGAGGCAAGAGGAAAUCUCAUGCUGGCCGUUCAAGCAAGAUCUAUGCUGAACUAUUUCCUGUACACCUCUGACAACACAGUUCAACCUGCCAACUUCAUUGCCAACAAAGUUAGCGGAGUGCUCUUCGACAACAAGAUCGACUAUACGACAUAUUUCGGCAGUAACCCAGAGUUUAUCCAUGGCAUCCACAUGAUACCCGCUGGGUUCCCCUUCAGCGCAUACAUACGCACGCAGAAAUUUGUUACCGAAGAAUGGAAUGCCUUCUUCUCGAACGGUCGUGCCAAUGUAGAUGGAGGCUGGAGAGGCAUUCUGUAUGGCAAUCUAGCCACUAUUCAACCUGCAGCCAGUUAUGCCUUUUUCUCUGAUCCCAAGUUCAAUCCAGCCUACCUUGAUGGUGGUGCUAGUUUGACUUGGUACCUGACUUAUUCGGCAGCUUUGGGCGGGUCUCCAGCUGCAGCGAAGCGGUCAGAGGUGGAAGAUGUGGUUUUGGAAGGAGAGCCAGAGAUUGAGGAAGAAAGAGCACACAGGGCUGUUCAUAGACGCAGAAGUCAUGGACAUGCCAAGCUCUGAGGAUGAUGAAUGAGUUUACAUUCUUCCCAAGCCGCGGGACGGUUGUAUUGGGGAUGCUGGACAUUCUUUUGACAUUCUUUUGGAGUACUGAGGCGAACAUACAUACCCAGCACAGCACAUAACCACCAACAUAUUCAAUCAUUCCACACGCAUCGAAUUAUGUGUGAUGUCAAGAUAUUUCAUUCGAUGCCUCUUCAUUUCCGGUCACUAGUCAUUGUACCGAUGCCAUGACUUGUUCCAUCCAAGGGUAUACAUAGCUAUUGGCCUCGGGGUAUCCUAGAAGUGAGAAAAGGGUCAGCAAACUUCUCUUACAUUACAGCCCUCUUCGUCUUCUCUACAGUAU